AUGGAGGAAAAACUCCUAUACACGGAUCAUCACGCCGCAAUCACGACGGCCAAUGCGCCAGGGAAAGAUUAUCCAUGUCUGCUCUUUAUGGUCGAUACGGAAAUGCGACUGUCCUGGCCCGAUUUUGUUCCCCGGGCAAAUGUUCUCUUUGCCUGGGACGAAGGCGAGGGCGUCUGGGUUCUCGAGCCUACGGAGGACGACUGUGAAAACCUCAAAGAGUUUCUCAAGAGAGAUUUCAUGCACUGGCAUGAAGCUCUGGAGAAAUGCGGAGCUGUUCAUUUCAGCCAUUGGCAGGACAAUUUUUGGAGCAGAACUGCCAAUGAGAAGACAUACGGCACUGCUGACUGGAAGCCAUUCUACUGGGCGAAAGAAUUUCCCACAGAUGAGCCAGGAGCCCAAUAUGGGAUAUCUAGGAAAGAGGCGGACUCGAAUACAUCAAUCGGCUUCCAGCAGAAGCUGUAA